GGUUAAACCCGGUCUCUUCCUGUUCCUAUUAAAAAAGGGAACAUUUCCGCUUCCAUCUCCCUUAGGGUUUUCUAUUCUUCAAAAUUGGGGUUUUUGGCUUCUCGGUUCAAACAAAGCGAACGUUGCAGCAGCCGAUCGAAAGACCCCAAAAUGCCGUCGCACAAGACUUUCAUAAUAAAGAAGAAACUCGCCAAGAAGAUGAGGCAAAAUAGGCCCAUCCCCCAUUGGAUUCGGAUGCGCACCGACAAUACCAUCAGGUAUAAUGCAAAGCGCAGGCACUGGCGUCGUACGAAGCUUGGAUUUUGAAGUUCUUGGUUGUUGUUUUGUCGGUCUUUUAGGCUAUUUGGUUGCUGUUAAGACAAUGAUGAUACAGAGCUUAUGGUUUUGUAUUGAAAUUAAGUGCCCAGUUUCUUUCUUUUAAA